AUGGCCUCCCAAGGUAUGCAGCAGCAGCAGCAGAUGGUGGACACAUGCCACCACUCAUCACUGAGUAACUCGAUUCCUAACAGCAGUGUGCUGAGGAAGGUGGCCAGCCUCACAGCAGAUAAGAGUAUGCUUGAGCAGAGGGUCAGGCGGCCACGCUUUGUGCCAGAGAACCUUGAUUUCCAGAUCUACCAGAAGUUCAAAGGCCUAAUACUGGUAAACUGGUUCCUCUCAGCAUUUCCAGAUGGCCACUACCUGAAGCUGUAUCUGUCAGACCAGGACUUAACAAUUCUUGCAGUGCAAUUCUGCACUCAUCUUCUGGCAGCUGGUGUAAUACGUCAAAUAUCUGAUAAAGAUGCUGCUGUGGACACUGUCUUCCAGCUGGACCUGAUGUAUCACUGGGCACACACAGAGGCACCAGCAGCAGCACCCCCAACCCCAACCCCUGGGAAACUGAGAAGUUCAGCUUGGCCUUCUCCUAGCCCUGCAGGAAUUCCACAGGAGUCUGUCAACACUGACACAAUUGGACCUGGAGCUCACUGCACAGAAGCUGAAUACCAGUUAAUGAUUAUUGGCAUGAAACGAGAACACCAUGAAGCUGUAAACAGGCUGAUACGAAAUCAGGAAGUAGCUUUAUUCAACCUCAGGGGGAAGCAUGCACAGAAGGUCUUUGAGUUAGAACAGAGGAUAUCUGAGCUUGAAGAGCUUAUUGACUCUAUGAGGCAACAAAUGGAAACAAACAAGACCAUAGCUGAUGCAGAGGGUCAGAACUGGUGGGAGUGCAGGCAAUUUGGUAGGACAGGCAACACUGGUGCAGUGUCCACUUUCAUGUCAGAGUCCAACCCCACAGAAGGAGGUUGCGGUGAAGAUCGUGGAACAGUUGGCACUGGCUGUGGUGGUGGUGGUGGUGGUGGUGGUGGUGGUGACAACAUUGGAGAUUCACUGACAGCCAAAACAAGAUCUGGUUUUGACUGUCCAACAGGAGUAGUAUCUUCCAAAUUUUUCUCUGAGAAGAACCAGAAUAAAAUUAAAACUAAAUCUGAUAACAUGGUUGUAAUGAGAGCUUUGCCUGCAAUUGUUGAAGAACUACCAGAGAAACAUGAAAUUGGCAUAAAGAAAGUGAUCAUAACAUGUGUAAAAGCAACAGAUACUAAAGACUUGAUACAGGUGAGGGAGCAGUGUAUCUCAGUUAUGCUGCCUCUCGAAGACUAUACUAUGAAAAUGUCAAGUGAGCGAAUUCCAUAUGAAAAUAAGGAAAUAUCAAGAGCAGUUGGCGUCCAACAUCAAAGUUCAGAUUUUUCCCCUGAAGUUGGAGCAACUGAGAGAGCAUCUCCCAAAAAGUAUGUACCCAAAUCAGUGCAGAGUCCAGUAUCUGUGAGAAUACAAGUUUCUUAUGAUCAACUUAUAACUACUUGUUCUGACAGUCAUCCCCAGUGCCCAGCUCUACGACUUUUGCAGUCCCUUCCACCCACUGGAAUGGAAGGUCCAGUACCAUCACUGCCUCCACCGCUGCCCCCUGGGAUUGGAGCACCACCACCACCACCACCACCACCACCACCACCACUUCCUUAUCUCCCUCCUACUCCUGGAAUUGGAGGAUUACCUCCUCCAUCCCAUGGUAUGGCAGGCCCUUCACCACCUCACCCACCUCCAUCCCCUCCAGCCCUUGAAAUUGGAGGCCCUCCGCCACCACCACACCCUCCGCCUCCUCCACCCCCCCUCCCCCUCGGAAUAGGAGGCUCCCUUCUGCCACCCCCUCCACACCCUGGGACGGGGGCCCCUCCGCCACCCCCUCCACUCCCUGGGACGGGGGCCCCUCCGCCACCCCCUCCACUCCCUGGGACGGGGGCCCCUCCGCCACCCCCUCCACUCCCUGGGACGGGGGCCCCUCCGCCACCCCCUCCACUCCCUGGGACGGGGGCCCCUCCGCCACCCCCUCCACUCCCUGGGACGGGGGCCCCUCCGCCACCCCCUCCACUCCCUGGGACGGGGGCCCCUCCGCCACCCCCUCCACUCCCUGGGACGGGGGCCCCUCCGCCACCCCCUCCACUCCCUGGGACGGGGGCCCCUCCGCCACCCCCUCCACUCCCUGGGACGGGGGCCCCUCCGCCACCCCCUCCACUCCCUGGGACGGGGGCCCCUCCGCCACCCCCUCCACUCCCUGGGACGGGGGCCCCUCCGCCACCCCCUCCACUCCCUGGGACGGGGGCCCCUCCGCCACCCCCUCCACUCCCUGGGACGGGGGCCCCUCCGCCACCCCCUCCACUCCCUGGGACGGGGGCCCCUCCGCCACCCCCUCCACUCCCUGGGACGGGGGCCCCUCCGCCACCCCCUCCACUCCCUGGGACGGGGGCCCCUCCGCCACCACCUCCACCCCCUGGGACAGGAGGGCCACUGCCACCCCCUCCACCCCCUGGGAUGGGAAUACCUCCUCCUCUUCCUCCUCUAGCAGCAGUUGGUGGUCCCCCAUCUCCAGUACCAGGUGGUCCAAUGCCGCUGCCAGUACCACCUGUUGGAGGAUGGGCUGCUGGAAAAGCCAUGUUGAGGAAAAAGCCUGUGAACCCAACAGUACCUAUGAAACCUUUGUACUGGACUCGAAUUGUUGUGCCAGCGACAGAAAGUGUUAAGCAGCAGAUGGCUCUGUGGGAAGAUCUGGAAGAAGCUAAAAUAGAAGACAUUGAUGAAUUUGCAAAUCUGUUCUCUCGACAAGUGACUGAACGGAAACCAGUGAAGAAGAAAGAAGAAAAGCCUACAAAGCAACAAGCAGCAAAACUACUUGACAGCAAACGAUCACAGAAUGUUGGCAUUCUUUCAUCUAGCCUCCAUGUAGAAUUUUCAGAAAUAGAAAAUGCAAUAUACAAUUUUGAUACAUCAGUUGUGAACUUGGAAGCUCUACAACAGAUAUAUGAUUCUAGACCAACAGAAGAAGAAGUUUCCUUAAUUCGGAAUCAUAUUGCAAGUAACUCAAAUAUUCCACUUGACAAGCCAGAACAGUUCCUAUAUGAACUUGCAGAAAUACCAAAUUUUGCAGAACGCAUUGCGUGUUUCAUGUUCCAGUCUGAUUUUGAAGAUGGUAUGUCUUCUAUUGAAAGUAAACUGAACAAUUUAAAAUCGACUUGUCAGUUUCUAACAACAUCAGAGAGUCUGAAGACAGUACUCAGCAUUAUAUUGGCUCUCGGUAAUUAUAUGAAUGGUGGCAAUCGUACACGUGGACAAGCAGAUGGAUUUGGAUUAGAAAUUCUGGCAAAGCUACGUGAUGUCAAGAGCAAAGACAAUAGCGUUACUUUGCUUCAUUUUAUUGUAAGAGCAUACAUGAAAAAAUGUGAUGAUCCAUUAAAUCCUGAAAUGGCUUUACCUGUACCUGAACCAGGAGAUAUUGAAAGGGCGGCAGUUGCUAAUUUCGAAGACCUCACUGUUGACUUACAAAAACUAGAGAGAGACUUGACAGCAUGCCAAAAUAGAACACAAAAAGUUAUUAAGGCCUCUUCAGAAAAUAAUUUACAGCCUUUCAAGGAUAAGAUGGAAUUCUUUGUAACUAGAGCCAAGAAGCAGCUCCUUGGUGAAAAAGAAAAUUUAGAAGAAUGCAAGCAAAAAUUUUAUGGCACUAUGGAUUUUUAUCAAUACCAUCCAAAAGGUAAAAAAGAAGAUGUAACACCUAAAGAUUUCUUUGCUUUGUGGCUACCAUUUUGCCGUGAUUUUAAGGAUAUCUGGAAGAAAGAGCAGCAGAGAUUAAUAAAGGAAAAGUUACAAGAAGUGAAGCAGAAACGUGAGAAAAAACGAGAGAUAGAGAAAUCAAAAAUAACAGAUGGUGGAUUGAAAGCAAGAGUACAGAUGCGAGCAAAGAUGACACCUGUGAGUUGAGAAACAAGUCUACACAUUGUACCUCUUCAUCUGCAUGACUACUCAUUCCUGUCAUUGUCAUUUCUGUUCAUGCUACUGAUUCACCAAGGUACUUUCAAAAAUUAUGUAAAUGUUACAUAUGGUGCUAUUAAAUUAAAACAGAUUCAUUAUUUAUUAACACACUGUAAAUAGCUUGUAUUAUAAAUAAACGUACAUUUACUGCUCUGUCA